CUGAACCUCAUCCUGUUUUUUUCUUCUUCUCUGUAACCUCCCUUCAUCAACUAAACACCCGAUCCUACAAAGCAACCAUCAUGUCUGAAAGCAGAGGAGAACUCAUCGCCUGGGUCAACGAGCUAUUGGGCCUCAACUACACCAAGGUUGAACAACUCGGAACAGGUGCCGCAUAUGUCCAAAUUAUGGAUUCUAUCUACGGCGACCUUCCUAUGUCGCGUGUCAAGUUUGCGACCAAGCAUGAAUACGAAUACCUCGGUAACUACAAAGUCCUCCAGACUUGCUUUGCCAACAAGAAGGUCGACAAGGCUAUUCCAACUGAUCGCCUCAUGAAGUGCAAGAUGCAGGACAAUCUCGAGUUCUUGCAAUGGCUCAAGAGAUACUGGGAUCGCAACUUCCCUGGCGAACCUUAUGAUGCAGUAGCACGCCGUGGUGCCGGUAACGAGCCCCUGUCUGCCGCCAACAGAUCCACCACCGCCCCUGCCAGGAGACCCAUGAACAACGGAGCCGCCAACCGCUCGAUGUCUGGACGCGACGGCCACCUUUCUGCUAUCGCCAACAGAUCUCACCGUGGACCAAGUCCCGACCACACUGUUAUUUUGAACUUGCAAAAGGAACUUCAAGAGGAGCGCAACACGGUUGCUGCCCUGGAGAAAGAGCGUGAUUUUUAUUUUGGAAAGCUCAGGGAUAUCGAGGUCUUGAUGCAGCAAGAGCUGGAUCGGGCCCCCGACUCUGGUGAUAGCCCUCUGUUGAAGGACAUCCAGGCUGUUCUCUACAGUACAGAGGAGGGAUUCGAGAUCCCGGCUGAGGAGCAGGCUGCUGGGGCAGAAGAAUACCCUGACGAGACGUUCUAAAGCGGAUGUCGAUUGCAAAAGAUUGGCAACAAGCUUCCCUACCCCAUAAUGUGUUACCUUGCGUCCUUUUAGUUGCAUUUCGUGAAUUGAUAAAGCAGUUUUUUUUUUCUACAUAGCACUUUUUUUUUUAAGUCCUUGGGCCAUGUUGUCUUUUUUACUGCAUACUUUUCUCGCAUACAAUUUUGUGUCGAAUGUUGGUGUUCUAAAAGUUGGGCGCAUUUGGAGCAUGGGAGGAAAGGUAGUCUGCACACCCCUUAACAACCUUCACCAGAGGCCAAUAAAAAAAUACAGUUGCUCCAAAGGAAUCAAUCACUCUGA